CCAGUGUCUUGUCAGUCAGACACACGAUCAUCUUUAACAUAUCGACACCCAGCAUCAUGAUGUACAGGGCCGUCAGUGUUUACUGGAUCUCUGUUCUCCUGGUGCCCAGUGUGGCUCAGCAGAUGUCAGCUCGUGUAGUUAAUGGCACAGCAGACGCAGGACGUCUAGAGAUAUCGUACGGUGGAACUUGGAGCACAGUGUGUGGCAAUUUAUUUGGACAGACAGAGGCCUUGGUAGCCUGCAGGAUGCUAGGAUUUAACAGCACAACAGUUGUAGUCGUGGGGUCGGCUACGUACGGAGCAGGCUCUGGUUCUAUUCUGUCCAGUGGCCUGCAGUGUGUGGGGGACGAAACCAGCCUGGCGCGGUGUCUACACUUGGGGCACUACAGACACGGCUGUGAACACUGGCAUGAUGUCGGCGUCAUGUGCAACAUCAACAGAAAACAGUCAAUAACAGCCACACCGAUGACAGCCCGGUUAUCUGGCGGGACGUCUAAAGCAGGACGUCUAGAAAUAUCGGUCAACGGAGAAUGGACUACAGUGUGUCAGAACAGAUUUGAACAGAGCGAAGUAGAGGUGGCCUGCAUGAUGCUGGAAUUUAACAGCACUAGGCAAACAGCUGUGAAGUAUCUUCUUAUAAACGAUGGCUCACGAUUUCAAUUUGAUUAUAUGGGGUGUCAAGGAAUGGAAACAAAUCUUCAACAAUGCAAUAUAGGAAAACUUAACAAAAGCAACUGCCUGGAUGUCGGUAUCAUUUGUGAGUUCAAAAGCUUUAGUCUGCGACUGACAGGACCUCACCGUACAGACAGUAACAUGGGGCGUGUAGAAGUGAAGAUUGGAAGUAAACAAUUUAGCACAGUGUGUGUAAACAACGAGAAAACUGCCGCAGUCAUCUGCAGACAACUCAAUUUAACCUCAGAUAAUGCUGCACUGAUAGACGGUUUGUUGUUUGGACAAGACAAGAGCCCUUUACUUCAAGCUACAUUUGCUUGUGAGGGAACAGAGAGAAGUCUGGAUGAAUGUGGGCGAAGUAACACUGCAAAGGACUGUUAUUCUGAUGAUGUUGGCGUCUUUUGCAGCAUUGAUUACCGUCUUUUAAUAGUUUUCCGGGACGAAAGGUACCCGUUUAUAGAAGGAGCAAACAAAGCUCUGAGGUGUGUGACACCACGAAAGUAUGAACGGGUCGGUGAGUACACAUGGGAAGACACAGCUGGCGGUCGUCCUCAUGGCGAGUUUCUGAUGUUUGACAAUCUGACUAAAGAGUACAAUGGACGGCAAGUGCGCUGCGAAACCCGCAUCCGUGGUGAACGGGAUUCUAUUACUGAAUAUGCCAUAUGGAGUGAUUUUCAUACCCUAAAGGUUUACUAUAAGCCGUUGAUUACAAUAACAUGGACUAACAACACCGGGGAACAACAGCCCUUGUCAACUCUUUCUGAGUUAAAGCCUGGACACAACGUGACCCUGUGGUGUGAGGCUGACAGCAACCCUCCCCCCGCGUCCAUCACGUGGUCAGGAAGAGUGAACAGCACGACUGGGGAGUUACGGAUCCUAGCGGCAGACCACGUGACACACAGCGGUGUGUACACCUGUACCGUCGUCACUCAAACCGUUGAUGAUGACGACAGACUUCCGCUGACCUCAUCUUACCAGCUCACCCUCAGUGUUCAAGGUUGA